AUUUGAAAUGUUUUUUAUUUUGUUUGGAUUUUAAGUCAAAAAUUUGUUAUUUUUUGAUGUCAUUUAAGACAAGACAUGAAUUUAUUAAUAAAAGUAAUGAUAAUAUAAGACUUGGAAAGACACGGAACUAAUCAAACACAAGACAUGAGUGUCACGAUUGAUGUGAACGACGUGUUUGAAGAAGUGGUUAAACAAAAUGAAAGACUUGUCAAAGAAAUUGAAUUUUAUGAAGAAGUGGUCAACGAUUUGGUGAUAAAUGUGAAGACAUGUAUUGUUUGUCAACAAAAUGAUGUCAUAAAUGACAGAAUCAGUGAAUUGGAGACACACUUGAAGAGUAAGACAAUCGAUAACUUAACUUAUUUUAAGAGUGAAUACAAUGACUGCGAUAACAACUUAAAUGAAAAAGUGAAACCAAAAACAUUGAAGAAGACGAAGAAUACAAACGAAAAAAAUUUGACAGAUAUUGACAGUAAUAAACAAAUGUAUGUUUUGAGUAGUGAUUACAAUAAAUGUGAUGAAAGUUUACCAACAAAUGUCAAAACAACAGCAGAGAAGGUAAACAAAUUGAAUAAAAAACAAAAUGUUAAGAAAAGUAAGACAACAACUAUUAAGAAAGAUAUUGUUAAAGAUGGCAGUAGUUGUAGUAAUGGAUCAACUAUUAGAAGACAAAUGAUUUUAUUGCCAUAUAGUGAUGAAUAUGCUAAACAAAGAUCGGCAUUAAAAGUUAAGUCGCGAAUCAGUAAUGGCCGCUAUCGGUGUCGGACGUGUGGCCAUCAAAACAAAAACUUCAAUCAAAUGGAGACACACGUCAACCGAUAUCAUCUCAACAUUAAGCCAUACAAGUGUGACAUUUGUAACGAAUAUUUUGCCGGUAUUUCCUCGCUAAGACAUCACAAGACUGUCCAUCACUACUAUGUUGGCGAAGGAUUGGAUCAAUUAAGCGAUCGACGAAACGCUUUACUCGCCAAAACAAAAGCCAAAAAUCAGUGUCAGUUAUGUAAACAAAUUUUCAAAGAACAGAUGGCCCUCAAGAAUCAUGAGUUACGCGUCCAUCGCAACUCAAAAGUGGCCAAAAACGUUAAAUGCGAUAUUUGUGGACUAAUGUAUUCAACCAGAACUGCUGUAACAAAUCACAAACGAUUUUUUCACGGCAUAGGAACUACAGUUAAAUACUAUUACUGCGAUUGGCCUGAAUGUUCAUUUAAGUCAUCAAACAAAACACAGUUAGCCUAUCAUAAAAAUCGACACUCGGGUCUCAAAGAUUAUAUGUGCGAAUGGCCCGGUUGUGACUAUAAGUGUGUCGACAAAGCGUCACUCGCUGCACAUCUACUUGUUCACAGUGAUCGACGCGACUACCAGUGCCAAUGGCCUGGCUGUGAGCUCAAAGCCAAAUCUGAGAGACGUUUGCGGAUACAUGUCAGACAAGUCCAUGAGGACAGGCCAGCCAUCCAUGCGUGUCAUUGGCCCGGUUGUGGCAAAAUGUUUCGCCUAACAGAACAAUUAAGAACACAUAUGACGAUACACAACGAACCGCACAUUCCCUGUCCUCAGUGCAACAAACUGUUUAAAUCGAAAAGAUAUUUAAAAGAUCACAUGCAAUCACAUACGGGUCGACCUCGAGUUAUGUGUCCAGUGGUUGGAUGUAAUACACAGAUAUCGUGCAGAACUAAUGUCAGAUCACAUCUUAAAGUACAUCAUAAGGAUUGGUCCGAUAAUACAAGACUUGGAAGACAUAGAAGUAAUAAAAUACAAGACAUGAGUGUCACGAUUGAUGUGAACGACGUGUUUGAAGAAGUGGUUAAACAAAAUGAAAGACUUGUCAAAGAAAUUGAAUUUUAUGAAGAAGUGGUCAACGAUUUAGUGGCAAAUGUGAAGACAUGUGUUGUCUGUCAACAAAAUGAUGUUAUAAAAGACAGAAUCAAUGAAUUGGAGACACACUUGAAGAGUAAGACAACCAAUAACUUAACUAAUGUAAAGAGUGAAUACAAUGACUGCGAUAACAAAUUGAAAACAAAAACAUUGAAGAAAAGGAAAUAUAUAAAGAAAAGUCGUGUCAAAGACGUUACAAAUGUCAAGAAAAGUAAGACAACUACUAAUAAGGAAGACAUUAGUAAAGAUGACAAUCAUUGUAGUGAUGGAUCAACUAUUACAAGACAAAGAGUUUUGUUGUCAUACAGUGAUGAAUAUGCAAAACAAAGAUCGACAUUAAAAUUUAAGUCACGAAUCGGUAACGGUUUCUAUCGGUGUCGGACGUGUGGCCAUCAAAACAAAAGGUUUGACAACUUGGAGACACACGUCAACCGAUAUCAUCUGAACAUUAAGCCAUAUAAUUGCGAUUUAUGUGACCAACAUUUUGUCGGUUAUGAAUCGCUAAAACAUCAUAAGUUAGUCGAUCACUACAUUGUCGGCGAAGGUUUGGACCAAUUAAGUGAACGACAAAGCGCUCAAAUCGCCACAGCGAAAGCCAAAUUUCAGUGUCAAUUAUGUCAUAAAUUUUUACACGAAGAGAUGGCCCUCAAGAAUCACGUGUUGCGCGUACAUCACAAGUCAAAAGUCGGUAAAAACGUGAAAUGCGAUAUAUGUGGACAAAUGUAUGCCACGCGAACUGCUGUAACAAAUCACAAACGAUUUUUUCAUGGCAUAGGAAGUACUAUCACUUACUAUCACUGCGAUUGGACGGACUGUUUGUUUAAGACGUCAAACAAAGCACAGUUAGCCUCACAUAAAAAGCGACACUCGGGUCUCAAAGAGUGGCUGUGCGAAUGGCCCGGUUGUGACUAUAGAUGUGUCAACAAGACGACACUCGAUCAGCAUCUACUUGUCCACAGUGAUCGACUGGACUAUCAGUGCCAAUGGCCUGGUUGUGAAUUUAAGACCAAAACUGAUAGACGUUUGCAGACACAUGUUAGACAAGUCCACGAGGACAGGCCAGCCAUCCAUGAGUGUCAUUGGCCCGGUUGUGGCAAAAUGUUUCGACUAACAAAGCGAUUACAAACACAUAUGACGAUACACAACGAACCGCAUAUUCCCUGUCCUCAGUGUAAUAAACUAUUUAAGUCGAAAAAAUAUUUGAAAGAUCACAUGCAAUCACAUACGGGUAGACAACGAGUUAUGUGUCCAGUGGUUGGAUGUAAUACACAGAUAUCGUGCAGAACUAAUGUCAGAUCACAUCUGAAUGUUCAUCACAAGGAUUGGUCCGGAAAUUAGUAUAUGUAUUAUCGGUACUAUAAUUAGACAUUAUC